UCUAUAUUAAAGUAUAAAAAUUAUACUAAAAAAUGAUACACGCUAAUGAUUCAAAGUUUCACUCAACUAUGACUCUAAUUAACAUAGCGAUAACGAUUUAAAUAAAGAUGUACUUCAGUUUAAACCGCUAACAGAAAAUGUAUCAAGUUACUUUCCCUCUGAUUAUCACAUGAAAAUCAAUAAAACACUGUGUACAUACAAUUUAUCGCGUUGGUCUGCAUCGUUAUAAACUUUACACUUUGAGAUUCACGAAUCGAGAAUCGAGAACACAUUUCAAAUUUUUUGCAUAACCUCGAAAAUACUAUCUGCGGAGUUGCAAUACAUGCUGCAUAUACACCUACUGCCUCUAUAAAACAUUGUGUGUAAAUAACCGACUCCGCUAGAUACAGCUCCGUCUGCUCUCGAGUGAUUGCACCAGUUUUUAUUUUAUAAUAUAAUAAGUAAUAAGUAAUUAUGCAACAAACCGGAAGAAGAAUAGGUGUUAUCUUUAUUGAUGGAAUUCAUCGGAACUAUUUAAAUUUUCCAAAAUUAACGAGACUAAUGUCAACUACCCUCAAAUCAAAAUCAUUGAUGUACAAAGAUUAUGGAGAACCAGCUGAUGUUGUUCAAAUCACAGAAGACUGUUUACCAAAGUGUGGUAAUGAUCAGGUUCUGGUAAAAUGGAUUUAUGCUCCAGUCAAUCCAGCUGAUAUCAAUACAAUACAAGGAAAAUACCCAAGUAAACCACCUCUUCCUGCAGUACCAGGGAACGAAGGUGUUGGUGAAAUUGUUGCUACAGGAUGCAAUACCAACCAAUUUAGUGUGGGUGACAAAGUUGUUCCAAAUGGAGUCAACAAAGGAACUUGGAGGACUCAUGGAAUAUACAAAGCUCAAGAUUUAUUCAAAAUAAAUGAAUGUAUGGACACAGUUGAAGCUAGUAUGCUAAAUGUCAACCCUUGUACCGCUUAUAGAAUGCUGAAAGAUUUUGUUCAAUUAAAACCUGGUGAUACCGUUAUACAAAAUGGUGGAAACUCUGCUGUAGGCCAAUUAGUUAUUCAACUUUGUAAAAUCUGGGGCUUUAAAAGUGUUAAUGUUAUCAGGAACAGACCAGAAGUUCAACAAUUAAAGGAUCAACUUACGGAUUUGGGUGCAGAUGUUGUGUUGACAGAAGAAGAGCUAAGAACAACUGAAAUAUUUAAAAGUAAAAAAUUACCAAAACCACAAUUAGCUUUAAACUGCGUUUGUGGUAAAAGUGCAUUGGAAGUUCAGAGACAUUUAGGUCACAGUGGUGUGAUGGUUACCUAUGGUGGAAUGUCAAGAGAACCUCUAACUAUUCCAGCUUCCUCUUUAAUAUUUAAAAAUAUCGCAUUCAAAGGAUUCUGGAUGACUGCUUGGACAAAUCAAAACGGAGAUUCAGAGGAAAGAUGUAAAAUGUUCGAUGAACUUCAACAAUUAUUUAUCAAAAAAGAAUUGAAAGCCCCGCCGUAUGAAUUAGUCCCUUUGAAUAACUACAAAGAAGCUGUUACAAAUGCUCUCAAACCUGGCGGUGGAAAGAAUGUUAAAUACAUCUUAGAUUUAACUUGUUAAUAAAUUUUAAGGUAGAAAAAUUCCCAGCUUUAUAUACUUUAUUUUAAUUUUAUAUAUUGCAUUAGUUUAUGAGGCUACAUGAAAACUCCUUAUCGACGGUUGACUUUUAGAGUAAAGAGUCAAAUGUAUAUAGCAGAGCAAAUAUUUUAAAUAAAAUCAGUAACCAUUACCAUA